AUGCUCCGCAGCACAUCAAUAUGCCACGGUGGCUACAUGAUGUAUCACCGUAAGGCGAUGGGAACAAUGAAGUACAGUAAAUGGAAAGGAGCUCACGGUGGUGUGAGUCACUUCUACGGUCGUACUCCAAUGAUAGAGGAAGUGAAACGCAAUGAGCCCAUUACAUUGAUUGACCGUCGUAUCAUGCAUUACGUCCACCGCUCCCGCAUCCGCCAUUUUCAACUUUUCCGUUCCUAUCAGCAAAAGUCUAAUUCCACAGAAUGCAAGUUGCGUGAGGGUGAGAUGCUGCGUCGGCGUUGGCACCGACGCCUGCAGAAAUCCUUCAUUGCCUUCAUGCAAUUUAAGACAAUGAAGGUGUUGGAGGAUCAGGCACGGUUAGUGAACCAGUAUGGACAGGCCGCAGUGAACGCGGCACUGGGAGACCCGUGUGAGGCGGUAACGAGUGAACAGCGGGAGCGGAAGUGGGCGGCAAUUAGGCGGAAAGUGCGGACACUGCCAACAGUAAAUGUUGUGCCAAAACAUGUGGCAACAAUGAAGCAGAUUCAUAAUGAUCGCUUUAACUACCGUUGGCGUGUUAACUGA